GAGCUGCAAAGAGCUGCGGCUGCCGCCUCUGGAUCCCGAGCAGCGCAAACAGGCGAAGAAGCUGGCGGAGAAGUAUCCGGAGAUCAAGUGCGAGAGCUAUGGCUUCGGGGAGGAACGUAGAUUGCAUCUCUUCAAGUCCUCAGCAUCUCUGAAAGCCGGCCUGGCAAAGGAAGGUUCGAGGGAAGGGGCGCGAGCGGAGUGUGCUUCGGAUCAGUCAACAGCCGUUUCAGGAGCAACUUCACCCGACUCUGCAGAGGACGCUUCUGGCGGUGUCUUUGAGGACGUCGCGGCACUGCCCUCGAAUCUUUACCAGGUGAGGAACACUUUCAUCCACAUCGAGGAGCAGGGAGUGGCAGAUCAGCGCAACAUCCAGUCCAUGCCUCACGGCAUGUUCCGACAGCGCCUGCAAGAAGAGGCCGUGCAACAUGCGACGCACCGCGUCGCAGGCCCAGUUCCGGAGUCAACUGCCACUGCGACACCUUCCAUUCCGGAGGUCCCAGAGGUCACGAAGGACUUCGCUCCCGGUACGGAGGUGGUCAUCGAAGGAUUGCAGAAGUUUCCGGCUUUCAACGGGCUUCGCGGCACGGUUCAGCUGCUGGACAAGACCACAGGGCGCUACAAUGUGCAGCUGUCUUCUUCCGAUGGGCCCCUCGAGCAGAUCGCGAAGAUCAAAGGUGACAACCUGCGAAUGUUGGUGCCACCGCCUCCGCCUUUCGACCCUUGGGAUGCACAGGUCAAGGUGGAGACGCCUUCCGCAAUGCAUGCGAGGGCGCCCGACUUCGUGCCGAUGCGGCAGAUGGGCUUGACAAGCAUUCCGCCCAAUCCUCACUGGCAGGAGAAGCCGCGGAACAUGCUGUCGAAACACGUGAGUCACGUCUCCCUUGUCCAUGCUGACGACGAGUAG